AUGCAAACGGAACAACGGAAGCAAAAACGAAACAACCGCCCCUUGCCUACACACAAUCAGCGCCGCCGCCAAAGCAACUGUUUGGGGUUGAGGGUUGAGGUUUUGAACCCAGGUAGGGACCCUAUUUGGUGGAUGGGCUCAACGGCUUCUCUUAAAUCUCAGUUUAAUCUCGCUUCAGUGUCUUCCUUCGAUGUCAAAGCGUACACAAUGCACGAUCUGCUAGACUGGGAUUUCCACGUGUUGGCCCUUCCAGAACCCGAGGCCGUCCGCCUCUGCAGGGACUUACUGGUGUACUACGCGGACCGAGCUGCGCUGGGGAUUCGAGGAGAAGUAAUAAUGAAUUUUUGUGGGGCUUUGCAUGCGAAUUAUCUGCCUAACCCCUACCACAACUUCUACCACGCCCUCAAUGUUGUCCAGGUCCUGUGUUUGCUGCUCGCCCUCCCGGAUGUUGGCGCGCGCUUUAGCCCCACAGAUUACUUCGUUUUGUCUGUAGCGGCUUUAGGCCACGACUUGGGGCAUCCAGGAUUUAAUAACCUCUUCAUGCAGCGCAACCAGACGUCCGUCGAGGGUUUAUGCUUUACGGUUCAGUAG